AAUUCACGCUUCACAGCAUUUUAACUGAGGGUCUGUGUGAAGGCAUGACACAUUGCUGGCCAUUCAACAGCUGGAUUUCACCACCAACUGCCCACUAUCACAAUGUCCCAUCACAGUGAUCUGGCUGUGGUCGUCCUGGCCUUCACUGUCGGGUGGUGUCUGUGUGCAGCUGAUGUCGGGGACUUCGCUCCAUGCCUGCAGGUCUUCUAUAAGUCUUGGCCUCCCAAAGGUCUGUCAGGGACCCCGAUCUGCCAACAUUAUUACAACCAGUACCGCUUUGCCACGUUGUACAGUCGACCACGCCGCUCUCCGUGGUUCUCUGCCUAUUUGUACUCCGUACCACAAGGAAAGAGACCCAGUGCAUCUUGGAAGUUCGAGCCACAGCUAGCCUACCCAAGAGCUGAUGGCAACAUGAUCCCCUUCCCUCCGGGCCCUCUGGACCAGAACGUGGUGGACAGCCAGGCGGUGGAGCUGGACUACAUCAAUUCCACCUAUUCCCGUGGCCACUUGAACCCGAGCCUCCACCACCAGAGCCAUGAAGACCGCUCGGCCACCUUCACCCUCACUAAUGUGGUUCCCCAGAAGGCGGGCUCUAAUGACGGGCCCUGGGAAGACCUGGAGCAGGCCGUCAACAAAACCCUGGGGGCCUACUGUCUUGGAGAUUCUUACAUAGUGACUGGCAUCAUCCCUUACCUGAAAGACGAGCGUUGGAUCAAGAAUCACCGUGUGGCUGUGCCGGAGUAUAUGUGGUCCGCCUACUGCUGCCCAAACUACAACAGCAGUCUGCCAGAAGAACUGAAGGGUUUGUUUCCCACGUACGCCGCAGUGGGCCGCAACGACCGCAACAGCACCGAGGAGAUUGUGCCCGUUAGCCAGACAGCUAAGAAACGGUUCAGAGGAUACGAUGUGAGACAGAUGCCACUGGAAACACUUGAGAUGUAUCUAAAGGACCGGUUCAAUACCGUUGUCAGUGUUUUUUAUGAGAAGUGCUCUGGAUCAGACUGAUCCUGCACAGAGACACACAGAGACUGCUUUGUUACAAUAAUCAGGUCUUUGAAGAAUUUUUUUCAAUUUAAUUCAGACUAACUAUAAUUACAGUGUGUCCUUUCAACAAAGUCCUGCAAACAAAAUGACAAAAUAUUAGAGAAAUUAUUCUUAUAAUCUGCCAUCACUAUGGUUAAGGUUUGGUUACACUGUAAAAAAAUCAUUUAUUUUUAAAAACUGUAAUAUUCAGGCAGCUGGGGCACCAAAAACAGUAAACUGUAAAUACUGUAAAAUGACUGACUCGUACAGUCAUUUACUAAAAUUAAAAUUAGUUUUUAGCUAACAAAAAGUAAAUAAAAGUAAUUAUCUGUGAAAUUACAGUAAUUAUUGUUGUUUUCAGUGAUAAAAACUGUAAAUGCUUAUACACUGAUAAAAAAAAACAUUUAUUCAAUGUAUCUGUUUAGAAAACUUUUAUUAAUAAUUAUAUUAAUUAAUUAUAUAUUAAUUAUACAAGAUAUCUGUUAAUUAACAAACAAAUCAAUGUCAAAUUACUGAACACUUGUCACUAAUUUAACAUAAUUUUAGUAGUAAGUUUUAAAGGACUGUGAUUUAUUUAUUCCUCCAAAAAGAAAGAAUCAAAUUUUAUUGAUUGAUUAAUUAACUGACAGCAGAUUGAAACCACUCUCACAUCUGUGUAAAAUAUAAAUAUGGGGGCAGGAGACAGUUAGCUUAGCAUAAAGACUAGGAACUGUCCAAAGAUUUAAUAAAGCUCACUAUUUUCUUUUCAUUUUGUUAUAUUGUUUUGAGGCUUUUUGCUUUUUAUUUGAUAGAAUAGGUCAACAUACUGUAGACAGGACAGGGGUAUAGAGAGAGGGGGAAGGGCACGCAGCAAGAACCCAGCCCCGGUACCUGGGAUGUCAGCUCCACCAGGUGAGCAACCACGGUGUCUGUAAAGCUCAAUAAUCCCCCCCCCCCAAAAAAAAACGUCAGAAUAACUAUUUCAUGGCGCAGUGAUUUCCUGGAGUUUUGUUGUUGACACCCGACCAAGAAAAAGUCUGGGACUGUGAAACAUAUUUCUUGUUUUUACAACGGAGGACUGGAUCUAAAGAAAUAUUCAUGGGUUGGCCAGAGGGUGGCAUGGAGACUUUAAGAACUAUACACUGAUUUAAUCAUAAACACAUUUGUUAUUAUUUACUUGGAAAAGCCCCCAGAUGUAGAUGUAAUGUAGAAAACAUUAUUGGUCCACAUUAGUAGGCCAAUACAAAUAUCUAAAGGUGGAAUUAGAAGUCAAAGAAUUGUUUUAUUUCAGACAUUUUUCUAAAUACGUGUCAUAUUUGAUCUAACUUAAGCCUAUCACAUAGUCCAAAAUGUGUAAUUACCUUUUUUUACUUAAAAUUAAUCUAAAUAAAUGUGUUUAAUUUGAAUUUAUUAGCCACCCCUCUACAUCUUUUUAUUUUACAGGUUAAACAAACACUACCACUACACUUGCUACCUUUGGACAGAGCCAGGCUGUUUUCACUCUUCAUGCUAAGCAUACAUGUAUAUGCAUGUGCAUGUAAUGGUAUUUCUUUUGUCUGGGUACGUGUACAAUGUAAUGCUUCCAUUGUGGGUUUGCAGCAGUACGUGCACCAAAUACGUUGGACCACUAGGUGGUGACCUCGUGCAAUACAUGUGACGGUGAAAAGCUGUUUGUUUGACUUCUGUUGACACUGAAGUUUCAUCUUUACUGAAUGAAUCCAAAGAAACACCUCAUCAAAUCAAUGUAUCUUUUAUCUUAUAAUUAAAUCACUAUCACUAAAUAAA